AUGGAAGACACCGGGCAAUGGCUUCCUCUUUGUAUCCUGAAAAAUGCCAGCCAUCAAUACUUUAGCCACUGCAGAGCCCCAUCUGAGUCUGGCAGGAGCCUACAGGUUGAAGUGACAAAUGGAAUUGAGGCGUGGCGGUUAGAUGCAGCAGAGGAAGCACUAGAAGAGUGGGACGCAGUGCGCAACCUCACGUCGCAGGAUCUGGUAACGAAACUCCGGGAAACCUUCCAGCACAGUACUCCAGUCCUAGAUAUGCAAGGAAGCUUAGCCAGCCUGUCUAUUCUUGUGAAUUCUGGGAAAGUGACCUUUGACCUUCUCAAGCUUCCUGUCUCUGAGGCACGAGCACAUGUGCAUCAGGUGUUAAUAAGCCUGACAGAUCGAAUUUGGAACUUGGAGAAACAGCUGAAAGCUGCAGAGACCAAUGUGGCUUCAUCCAGCAGUCCAGUUAAGCAGUCUCAACAUAACCAUUUUCUGCCUAUUCCAGAUGUUGAUGCUCGAAAGAAGGGGUCUGCAGGACAAGUGAAAAAAAGAAUGCUCGGAGAGUCGCUCAUUAAUCCUGGCUGUAAGAGCAAAAAGAUAGCAAAGGGAGUGGAUUUUGAAGAAUCCUGAGCACUAUGAUCUG